GCUCCCUCUAGGAGUUAAAAUGGCGGCGAGGGGAACCUGGAGUAGUCCCGGAGCCUGAGCCACUGACAGGAGUGGAGAGGGCGGUGGCGGCGACGGCGGCCGCAGGAGGAGGAGGAUGGCGGGGGGUGCCGGCGCCCUUGCGGACGGCGGUGCUGGCGGUGGCAGCGGCGGGGGCGACAGCCGGGGUCCCAGCGGCAGCAGCAGCGGCAGCAGCGGCGGCAGGAGGAGCCUCCAGGUUAAACAGGUGGUCUGCGCUGUGUUCUGCGUCAUACUGCAGGAAAAAGGAACAGAGUGGACCCAGUGGAAUGUAUAGACUUUACCCUCAGGAAAUAAGAUGUACCCGCUUGAGUCUAGAAGACAACCCAGUAUUUUUGAUGAGAUUUAAAUCUCUAAUGGACCAAUAAGUGGAUGAAAAGAGGCUGCUGGAUCCAGGGUUGAAAGUUCGCAAAGGCCUCUGGGAUUACACUCUGAAGAAUCAGCAGAUGGAAUGCCUGAGUGACUGAAGAAAAUGGGUGCUAAUGCAUCUAACUAUCCUCAUUCAUGUUCCCCAAGGGUCGGGGGAAAUUCUCAAGCCCAACAGACUUUUAUAGGGACAUCAUCCUAUUCUCAGCAAGGCUAUGGUUGUGAAUCAAAAUUAUAUAGCCUUGACCAUGGCCAUGAGAAACCACAAGACAAAAAAAAGAGAACCUCUGGCCUUGCCACCCUCAAAAAGAAGUUUAUUAAGCGUCGAAAAUCUAAUAGGUCUGCUGAUCACGCCAAGCAGAUGCGAGAACUCCUGUCUGGGUGGGACGUGAGAGAUGUCAAUGCAUUAGUGGAAGAAUAUGAGGGAACUUCAGCCUUAAAGGAGCUUUCUCUACAAGCCAGUUUGGCUAGACCAGAAGCUCGGACAUUGCAGAAAGAUAUGGCCGAUCUUUAUGAGUAUAAGUAUUGUACUGAUGUAGACUUAAUAUUUCAAGAAACUUGUUUUCCUGUUCAUCGUGCCAUUCUGGCAGCAAGGUGUCCGUUUUUCAAAACACUGCUUUCUUCCUCACCCGAGUAUGGGGCAGAGAUCGUAAUGGACAUCAACACAGCCGGUAUAGACAUGCCCAUGUUUUCUGCUUUGUUACACUACCUUUAUACUGGAGAGUUUGGGAUGGAGGACUCGAGGUUUCAAAAUGUCGAUAUCCUGGUUCAGCUCAGUGAAGAAUUUGGAACACCAAAUUCCCUUGAUGUAGAUAUGCGUGGACUUUUUGAUUACAUGUGUUAUUAUGAUGUUGUCCUUAGUUUUUCUUCAGACUCUGAACUGGUCGAAGCUUUUGGUGGAAAUCAGAACUGUUUGGAUGAAGAGCUCAAAGCUCACAAGGCUGUUAUUUCAGCACGGUCCCCAUUUUUUCGAAAUUUAUUGCAAAGGAGGAUACGGACUGGUGAAGAAAUCACAGACCGAACUUUGAGGACUCCCACAAGAAUUAUAUUAGAUGAGUCCAUUAUACCAAAAAAAUAUGCAAAAGUUAUAUUACACUGUAUGUAUACCGACGUGGUGGACCUCUCCGUUUUGCACUGCAGCCCUUCCGUGGGGAGCCUCAGUGAAGUUCAGGCUCUCGUCGCGGGGAAACCGAACAUGACCAGGGCGGAAGAAGCCAUGGAGCUUUACCACAUAGCACUGUUCCUGGAAUUUAACAUGCUGGCACAAGGCUGUGAGGACAUCAUUGCUGAGAGCAUCUCACUAGAUACCCUAAUUGCCAUCCUCAAGUGGAGCUCUCAUCCAUACGGCUCUAAAUGGGUGCACCGACAAGCUUUACAUUUCCUCUGUGAGGAGUUCUCCCAGAUCAUGACUUCGGAUGUUUUUUAUGAACUCAGCAAAGACCAUCUGCUUACUGCUAUCCAGUCUGACUACCUGCAGGCAAGUGAACAAGAUAUCCUUAAAUAUCUGAUUAAAUGGGGUGAGCACCAGCUGAUGAAAAGAAUAGCAGACAGAGAGCCAAACUUACUGAGCGGCACUGCUCACAGCGUGAACAAGCGAGGCGUGAAAAGACGAGACCUGGACAUUGAAGAGCUUCGAGAGAUCCUUUCUCCUCUCCUGCCUUUUGUGCGAACUGAACACAUUUUACCUAUAAACAGUGAAGUCCUAGGUGAUGCAACGAAAAGAGGCUUGAUUAGUACCCCUCCAUCAGACAUGCUUCCUGCAUCAGAAGGGGGAAAGGCGAAUGCCUGGUUGCGGCAAAAAAACGCUGGAAUAUAUGUUCGCCCUCGCCUGUUUUCUCCCUAUGUUGAGGAAGCAAAGUCAGUGCUAGACGAGAUGAUGGUGGAACAAACAGAUCUUGUGCGUUUGCGAAUGGUUAGGAUGUCCAAUGUGCCAGACACACUUUACAUGGUCAGUAAUGCCGUGCCACAGUGCUGCCACGUGAUCAGCCACCAGCAGAUCAGCAGUAACCAGUCAAGCCCCCCUUCGGUGGUAGCCAAUGAAAUUCCAGUUCCUGGCCUCCUCACUCUGAAAGACAUGGUCCGACGUCUGCAGGAGCUCCGGCACACGGAGCAGGUGCAGAGAGCCUAUGCGCUGAACUGCGGAGAAGGCGCCACGGUCAGCUACGAAAUCCAGAUUCGAGUGCUGAGGGAGUUCGGCCUUGCCGAUGCUGCUGCAGAGCUCUUGCAGAAUCCUCACAAGUUCUUUCCCGAUGAACGUUUUGGGGAUGAAAGUCCGCUCUUGACAAUGAGACAGUCUGGGAGAUGUCGCGUUAACAGUACCCCCGCUGCAGAAACCAUGUUUACAGAUCUGGACUCUUUCGUGGCCUUCCACCCACCCCUGCCCCCUCCGCCGCCUCCAUACCAGCCCCCAGCCACCCCCAUCCAUAACCAACUCAAAGCGGGCUGGAAGCAAAGACCUCCCAGUCAGCAUCCUUCACGUUCACUUUCUUAUCCCUGCAAUCAUUCGCUGUUUCACUCGAGAACAGCUUCGAAAGCUGGCCCCCCUCCAGUCUAUCUGCCAGGUGUUAAAGCUGCUGCCCCUGACUGUACCAGCACCGCCGGACUGGGGAGACCGACGGUGGCUGCCGCCGCCGCUGCCUCAGCCUCAGCAGUGACAGCAUCUGAAAAACAAGCGUGUGCACAGCCUGUGCUAAAUGACCUAAUGCCAGACAUUGCCAUGGGUGUGUCCACACUGUCCCUCAAGGACAGGAGGCUUCCAGAACUUGCCGUAGACACAGAACUAAGCCAGUCAGUCUCUGAAGCAGGACCAGGGCCUCCCCAGCAUCUGUCAUGUAUUCCACAGAGGCACACACACACGUCUCGGAAGAAACACACACUAGAGCAAAAAGCAGAUGCUCGAGAAAAUCCGCAGGAAUACCCCGAUUUCUAUGACUUCUCCAGUGCUGCUUGCAGACCUUCUCCCGCUCCCGGCAGACGCACCCCCUCCCCCUCGCACGGUGGAUAUUUUGGUCCUGAUUUGUAUAGCCACAAUAAGGCGUCACCGAGUGGCUUGAAGGCAGCCUACCUACCUGGCCAGACCUCUCCUAAGAAGCAGGAAGAAGCUAGGAGAGAAUAUCCACUUUCUCCCGAUGGGCAUCUCCACAAACAAAAGAACGAGCCAAUACACCUCGACAUUGUUGAGCAACCUCCCCAGCGGCCAGACCUGCCUCUGGCAGCCCCAGAAAAUGCUGGCAGCGGCCCAGCGCAUGUCAGGGGGCGAACAGCAGUAGAAACUGACUUGACUUUUGGGCUUACUCCUAACAGACCUUCACAUUCUGCAGGUAACUCUGAAGCUCCAGAAGAGAGAUCCGGCAGAAGACUAGCAGACAGCGAGUCCCUGGGCCUCGCAGCCCAGCGCAAUCCAGAGUUGGAAAGGGAAGAUUCAAUGAACAGAGGAAGGAGGUCACCGAGCAAACCAGACUUCCUCUACAAAAAGUCUGCCCUCUGAGCGCAACCUCCAAGUCGUCUGUGCCUGAGAUGCGAAACAUCCCCCUUUCUGGUGUAACCCAGUGACUUACGAGACCGGUUUAUUGAUGCCAGCUGAUAACUCAGUUUCACGUUAUUUCAUUCCGGGUUUUGUACAUACAUGUUUAUUAGACACGGCAUGCCGAGAGGGUUGUUUUGAAUGCUGCAUUUGUCUGCUUUGUGUUUGAGUCAUUGUGCGGGGAGGCAUUUUUCAGAGCAAGCAAGCUGGCACUUUCUUCUUUACAGACGAUGGAAUUUUUUUGCACUUGUACAUUUAUUUUAUCUGUAUUGAUUUUGUAUCGGUAUGUUAAACUUUAUUGCCACAUUUAAAGGACUGUAUUUUCAUACUUUUUGCAUUUUACUGCUCAUCUACCAAUUUCCACGUGCACUGGAGUGCACACUAAGAUGUAUUUUCUUACGAAAUAGUUCUGUUUAUUUUUUAAUUAUAGAAAUUCCAAAGAACAGCACAUCAAAAUGCUCCUCUCUUCUCAGUAAUUGUUUCAGUUCAGAAUCUUCCCGCUCCGUCUCCGUGUAAUGUUGCCAUCCUUUCUGAGGAAGUCUCGGGAGCUGGGCUUCCUUCCUCCAGCGGGAGCCCCGGCAGGGUCCUGGAGUUUCCCGUCCCGUCCCGCAGAGAACCGGAAGGAGACGAGCCUUUUGUUGCCGCGCUGGGAGCCGUCGCUGUGUUCACCGCGUGGACGCCGUCAGACCCGCUGCGGGUGCCGGUCGUGUGGCCUGGAGCGUCAGCCGACGGGAGUCUAACGGGUCGGAUUUCUUUGUGGCCAGAGUCACAGAGCUGGAGGUGGCGGAGUGACUCGCGGGCCGCACCACCGUGGGGGUUCCGGUUCGGAGCGUCCCCGGCGUCCAGCUGCCGCCCAGCUGCCGUGGGGAGGGGCCGCGCACCGCCUUCAGCCGUCCUGCUCUCGGGGCGGGGGAACAAAACACAAACUAAAGGGCUUCAGUCUUACGGAUGUCAUUCGGUGUUUGUAAGCAUACGCUUUCUUAUAAAUGUUUUUUAAAGUGUGUCUGAAUUUUGGUGUCCGAUAGAAAGUCGUGUAAUGCAUAACGCUUUGUCACCAAAAGAGAAAACCCAUUGUUUUCCAGUGGAACACUACAUGUCCUACUUGAACUCCACUCGGGACGCUGGUUUGGGGUUUUUCUGAACCACUGAGCACACGGGAUCUUUUAAGGUCCUCUCCCUUGGAAGGGCAAUGUGUGAGCUAAGGACUUCUUUUCUUACUCUCCGGUGUAAAUAUAUUGGCAUUCGAGUUUUUGCAUCACUUCAGCAUUGUGUGAGCUCUCACUUUGUGUUUUUACAGACACAGGACACACAGCCGUAGCACUUAGAGGAAAAGAGACCUUCUGCACGUCCCCCCACGGGAGGGGUGCCUGGGAGCCUCUUUCCUGUGUGUGUGUGUGUGUGUGUGUAUAUAGAUACAUAUAUAAACUAUGAAUCACUGACACUCUUAAAACUAUGCAGGGCUAGGGAGCCUUUACAAGCUACCAUAUAAACUAAUUACAUGCACUUUUAAGUCGGUAGGUUUCUCUUGGGUAUCAACAACUCCGAUUUCUCCCGAAACUGUAGAUCCUCUUACAGUCUUUUCGUACUUUACCCUGUGGAUAUACACUCAGGAAUACUCUGACAUUUUAAAAAUUCCUAACGGUAGUUCGUCUCAGAGAUGGGAAACACAUCAGUGUAUCCGUGCGCGGGCACACUGCUGCCGCGCGUCCUGCCGCCCAUCCCCGGCCCGGCGGUGGUGCUGCGGCCCGGGCCCGGGCGCCGGCGCUCACGCCGGCCCGCUGGAAGGCUGGCCGCGCGGCGCCUUCGAGGCUCCCUUUUUUUAAAGAUAGAAAACGUAGGACUCUGUUCUCCUUUCCAUGAGGUCUGACCCUUGCACGAUGGUGUCUUUUGAAGCCAGUCUCUGCCUGUCCCUCAGAAACAGAAAUUUGUUAAGUCCAUUAUAUUCCUCCAUGUGUGUUUCAUGAUUUUGAUGGAGUUUUAAAUGUCUGUUCUGGUUCGGUGCCGUGCCGGUACUGCAAGUUAGGGUGGGGAAAAACUCUCUUCGGGACCUUUUACAACAUAUGUUAGACAAGAGCUAUUUAUGCCCUACAUUCGUCUUUCUGAAAAUUUAUUAAAUACCCUUCCAUAUCUCCAAAGUGGAAUUAUAAAAAUAGCCACUGUUCAUAAUUUUGUUUAAUUUAUGAAAUUCGCCUUUGCUACUUUAGUAGCUUACCUGGCCGAACUCUGUGUGUAAAGAGAGGCUUGCUUCAGCCUGAGGGGCUGCGGGCCGCUGCGGCUUGCAGAAGGUCAGCAGGUGGCGGCCGUGUGUGUUCGGGUCGGUGUCCGUGGGCGUUCCGUGUCUUGUGACGUGUGGUGCCUCGGGUGGGUUGGAUAGCUCUGUGCCUCUGGUUUUUGGACCCAUCUGUUCGCUCCUUUUUAAUGCGUACUUAAGCAUUAAAAUCUUUUCAUGCUGUACUAAGAUAAAUGUGAAGUCUGAGUAGGAUUGCUCUCAGAAAAAAAAAAAAAAUGUGUGUGUAAUAGAGUGUGGCCACAAGACCUCCUGGCAUGGUGCUCGGUGUGGAGGUUUCGUAGAACCACAUCCCAGAAUACCGGCUCUUGGCUCGAGGCCCUGGACAAUCAGGCCGAAGACAAUCGCCACCCCGGGUGCCCGCCUCGUUGAGGUUAGAGGACCACCGCUUAGAUCCUGGGUCACGACGAGAUCGAUGUUUCUUCAAGAUGCUGUCGGUCUGUUACCCUUCUUUCAGUUUUGUGAUUUUGAUGACUAAUUGACGUUCAAAGUCACCUGUGACUCCUAAGGGAAAAAAAGUAGCAUGAAAGGCAAAAGUUCCUCCUGGAGAAGGGCUGUGCGCGUUUCCCGCAGCACACCGCACCCUUUCUCACGCGCCGCCCUGGCGGCUGUUUGCAGGCGCGCGAGCGCGCGUCCCUAGGCCUCGCGCGUGAGCGCUCCCAGCAGUUCGAAGAGCAGUUUGCGUUUAAGGAUUUUUAACGAGGUCCUUUUUUUUUAUUCUAGUCUCUUUGUAGAACUCUCUGCCACGUGACCUACUUCUUGUUUUUUGCUUCCUCAACAUCUCUUAUUACAGUUGCAACCCUUUACUAGGUGUUCUCUUGUUCAAGUCCUAGGGGCAGGCAGUGCGCGUCCCUUCGAACCACGCGGUGACCCGGAGUGGGCAGGGUCCGGCGUGUGCGGCGCCACGUGCCGGUCGGUCUCCCGGGAGGAGCUAAGGUUUCUCAGCAACGCAGCAAAAGACGUGUUUUCGUAAGGUUUAAUCCACUUUUAGGGGAAAAUGCUUUUCAUCAAACACUUGUUAAGAUACUGGUUUAGCAAUUUCAAGGCAUUCUCGUUUCUGUCUUCAGACCGAACUCAAAGGGAUGGUUAGUAGACUUUUUAAAAACUAGUUGAUUUUCAGCUUGCUGUUGGAAGUUGCUAUUGAAGCAGCAGUGAUGGGUGCUAUUCCUGAUUCUGCAAUGGUUUACUUUGCCUACUAAGUAAUUUACUUUCAAACCUCAUUACAAAUCCUUACUGAAGAGUUACCAUCACACACUAAAAGGUAUUUUAGUUUACUAUUUCCUGUUAACACUCUUGUAUCAACAUAUUAUGAAUAUUCAAUUGUCUUUUUGUCUGAUAAAUUGCAAUAGCUGUUACGUAAUUGUAUUGGCAAAUCUUUUUUUUUUUCUUUAGAAAACUCUCAGACCGUGUAUCAAUCUUCCAUAUUCUGAAUACUGUAGUGCUGUGGCCGUUUCUAUAGAAAGAUUACUUGCAAGUGUGUCUUGAACAUAACCUCUGGUGUCUGUGUGUUUACGUGGGUUCCAAGAGACGAGGUGAGCUCUGGAAGCGUCGCCGUGUACCCGCCCGCGACUGUGCUGCAGGGGCAGGUGGUCCGGAAUGCUGCCCUCGGGCGGGGUGGCCGGGCGGGAGAGAUUCCCCGGCUCCACCCGCCGUUCGUGCGCCACACCUAGACUUGGCAGAGGCGGCACUUCCCCAACCCUGCGUUUCUUGUGGUUGUGCUGUUACCAGUAUAAAGUCAAGUGCCUUCAAUGCUCAAGGCUCAGAAAAUUUUCUUAAACUGAUUUCAUGUCCUAUGCAAGUGUUUUCUACAACCUGCAUAACCAGUACUUUGUAAAACUUGUUUACGCUUCGAUUGUACAUAGUGUUUUUUAAGGAAAUAUAUAGUAUUUUUAUUUAGGUACCUUCAAACUUGAAUUUGUCUGUGUGAAGCAUUGUAAAACGAUACAUUUCUCUUUUGAGCAUCAUUACAGUUGUACAAAGGUUUUCACUGGUUCUAUUUUUCUACUGUUACUGAUACGCAUGUAACACUGACUUUAUCCUACAUAUAGUUGGCAUUUCAAAUAAAUGGCUUGUAUAGAA